AUGGCCCCCGCUUCACGCCGUCGCAGGCGCUCUGAUACCGACGAUGGCGACGACGAUGAAGACCGUUACCAAAACCGAUCGCAAGCGACCGCCGUCGAUUCCCCCAAGCGACAACGACUUGACCCCGAUUCAACUGACGGUGCGGUCGAUGAUGAGCCUCAUGCGCGGGGAGUAAACGGCACUUCUGGCAGCGCCGAUGCCGACAACGGUUUCCAACCCGGCGCCAUCGUGAGGGUCAGCGUCGAAAACUUUGUCACCUACGAAAAGGCCGAAUUCUUGCCAGGACCGCAUCUGAACAUGGUGGUCGGCCCCAAUGGUACCGGAAAGAGUUCUCUGGUUUGCGCCAUCUGCCUCGGCUUAGGCUACAGCCCAAAACACCUUGGGCGGGCCGGAUCAGUCAAGGAGUUUGUCAAGCAUGGAAAGGACACUGCGACCAUCGAGAUUGAACUUCAGAAGCGACCAAAGGAUCGAAGAAACUACGUCGUCAAGGUCCAGAUCCGACGAGAACAAAAUACGCAAAAAUGGUGGAUGAACGGGAAGGAAACCAACCACAAGACUGUCCAGACAUUGAUGCGGAAGCUCAAGAUCCAGGUCGACAACCUGUGCCAAUUUCUACCACAGGACAGGGUUGUAGAGUUUGCUGCCUGCACCCCUGUGGACCUCCUGCACGAGACCCUCCGCGCAGCUGCGCCUGAAGAGAUGCUUUACUGGCAGAAACAGCUGCAAGACCUCCACAAGGACAAGAAGGAACUGGCCGAAGCUGUUAGCACCGACACGGAAACACUGAAGAACCUCGAGAACCGACAACAGGGUCUCCAGGCGGAUGUGGACAGGAUCCGAGAGCGUGAGGAGAUCCAGGAGCAGAUCAAAAACCUCCAGUCGGCUUUGGUCCUCUCCAAGUACAACGAGGCCCGCGCAAAGUACCAGGAUGCCAGGGAGCGGAAAAAGAGUGCCGAGAACUCGUUGAGGCGCCUCGAGCGGGAGAGCGGCCCAUCCCUUGAGGCAGUCAACGAGAAGCAGGUCUACGCACAACGGAUCGACACCGCGAUUUCUGGAAGAAAGGCUGCCAUGAAGAGUGCCGAGGACGCUGCAAAGAAGCUGGCGCGUGAUGUUAGUUCAGAUACCGAGAACCUCAAGUUGUUCGAAAGCAGACUCGAGUCUGAGCACAAGGCUUUCGAUGGCAAGAAGAGAGAGCUCGCUCAGUCAAAGUCCAAGAUUACGUCCCUGCAGGCUGAUUUGAGGAACCGACCGGAAGAGUUCAACCCAUCAGAGUUCAACCAAAAGAUUCGUGGAGAAGAACAUACGCUCCGAGAACUAGACGGCGAGAGGCGCGAGUUAUCUACCCAACAUGCGGAGGUCAAAGCGAGAGGACGCGCCCUGAACGUACAGAUCAAAGAGGUUGAGCAAAACGUCGAGUCGUUCGAAACCCAGCAGGGCCAACAACUCAACUUCAUGAAGAGGCACUUCCCUGAGCUUGCAACUGGCUGGGAUUGGAUUCAGCAGCAUAAGGACGAGUUUGAAAAGGAGGUCUUUGGGCCUCCUAUGAUUAGCUGCUCCAUUAAGGAUGAACGAUACUCUGACCAAGUCCAGUCGCUUCUCCAGGGCGAUGACUUUACCUGCUUCACAGCCCAGACAAAGAACGACUACAGAAAGCUGACCGACCAGCUUUAUCGCGUCCAAAGUUUGUCUGUCGUCAUCCGAACAUGCGCCCAGCCAUUCAGUGCGUUUCAGCGACCUGUCAGUGCGGAUGAGGCAGCAGACAUGGGGCUCGAUGGGUUUGCCAUCGACUUCUUGGAGGGCCCCGAGCCUGUACUGGCGAUGCUAUGCGCCGAGAAGAGGCUCCACCAGUCUGGCGUGUCUCUGAAAGACCACAGCGAUGCCCAGUACGACCGUCUAGUCAAGAGCGGGAAAGUUAAUUCCUGGGCCGCGGGAAGCCAGUCGUUUACGGUACGACGACGCAGGGAGUACGGCCCUCAGGCAAUGACAGCCAUCACCAGACCGAUUCAGCCAGGCAAAUUCUGGACCUCGCAACCUGUCGACUCGCAGGAGAAGCAGGAGUUGAACAAGCGACUCGUGGAGCUCAAUGGUGAGCGAGACGUCCUGAAAGCCGAGUUCCGAGACCAGCAAGGCAAGCUCCAGGCCAUUGAUGACCAAAAAGCCACCAUUGAGGACACUAUUGCUCGCCUAAAGGCCGAGAAGAAUACCUUGCAAAAAGAGUAUCAAAAGUGGCAGUCUCUGCCAGAGAAGAUUGAAUCCGAGGAACGCUCCAAGGCGGCUCAUGAACAGGCUCUGCGCGAAAUCCGUAAGAGGAUGAUUGAGAUUCGCUACGAGUGGGAUGAGGCUGUCGUAAACCGGGCAGAGCUUGUCCUCCGCCACAAGGAGGCAAUCGAGAAGAUUCGCAAGGCUCAUCAUGGUGUUCUAGAAGCACAAAUUCGGCGGAUCGAGGCCUACUCCGAUAUUGUCGGGUUGAAGGCACGAAACGCUGACAUUAUGGAGAAGCUCGAGACCGAGCGGCAAGCUCUUCAAGUGGCCGCUGAGGAGGCUGACCGAGCCCGACAAGAAGGCAGGCAGCUCUCUGAGGCUGUUGAGCAGAUCAUCGCCGCCGAGCCCGACAAGCACGAGCUCUUCGGGCAGCUCUGUGAAAACAAGAGCCCCGAGGACGUGGCGAAUGAGAUAUCGGCCGAAGAAGCCAAGCUGGAAUGCAUCCACGCCGCCAACCCCAACGUCGUCCGCGAGUUUGAGAAGCGUGCGCAGGAGAUUGCCCGGCUGACCCGCAAGAUGGCCAACUCGAGCGAAAAGCUUCAGAGUUUGACUGAGAGCGUUGAGGAGCUCAUGGCCAAGUGGGAGCCAAGGCUCGACCAGCUGGUGUCGAGGAUUAACGAUGCUUUUGCUUACAACUUUGAGCAGAUCAGCUGCGCCGGUGAGGUCCGCGUUCACAAGGCCGAGGACUUUGAUGCCUGGGCCCUAGAUAUCAUGGUCCGCUUCCGUGAGAACGAAACUCUUCAGCAGUUGACUGCCCAUCGUCAGUCGGGCGGCGAGCGUGCCGUCUCGACAAUUUUCUUCCUCAUGGCCCUCCAGUCCAUGGCCCAGUCUCCCUUCCGCGUCGUCGACGAGAUCAACCAGGGCAUGGACCCCCGCAACGAGCGCAUGGUACACGAGCGCAUGGUCGAGAUUGCCUGCCGGGAGCACUCGAGCCAGUACUUCCUCAUCACCCCCAAGCUUCUAACGGGCCUACGCUACGAUCCCAAGAUGCGUGUCCUCUGUAUCGCCAGCGGUGAGCACAUGCCCCGCGAGGGCCGCAAGCUCGACUUUAAGCGAUGCUUGAAGAUUCAGAAGAACUUGAUGGCAGCGGCUGCUUGA